AUGAAUCGCCGAUCCCACAGAAAGUCGAGGAAGGGAUGUUUGCAGUGUAAAUCAAGACAUAUCAAGGUUAGUAGUACACAGAAAGUGGAGCAACAUUCUUGCUGUGAUGAAACCCAUCCAGAAUGUGUUAAUUGCAAAACAGCGAGUCACACAUGCUCUUAUAAGAUUACUGCAAGCACCAAUACCAGCAAAGUUACGACCCCAGAGUCAGCAUUCACCAAUUCACCAACUCCAACUUUCCAAAGUGACCCACAAAUACCACAUGGGCCCUUGUUGCAACCGGAACCUCCAUCAUUACUCCCAUCAUUACCUCAGUCAUAUGUGAACUUCACACAUCUAGAGUUGUUUCAACAUUUUUAUGAUGCUGAUGGAAGCUUUUUGUGGGAUGGGCAAUUUCGAGACCACACUUCCAGGAUAAUCAAACAUGCUCAUAAGGCCCCAUUUCUCAUGUACGAGCUUCUUGCUUGCUCAGCACUGCAUUUGAGUAUCAUUCGUCCUGAUCAAUUCCAAUUUUAUCACGAUGAAUCUAAAAUAUUGCAAGAACAAUCAAUCAAAAUGUUUAACGAAUCGGUACAAGAGGUGAAUCAUGAGAAUUUGAUCCCAGCCUUUGUGUAUUCUGGGGUUUUAGGAUUUCAUUUCUUCGUGGACACAUUUUCUAUGCCUGGUUUGGACUUGAAUCAAUUCAUUGAUAAACUAGUUCAAGCGAUCAAAUUGAUGCGUGGAGUUAGAGUUUGCUUCACUGGGUGGUGGGAUGUUUUAAGGGAAUCUGAGAUUCAUGAACUAUUGCAGUUUGGCGAUGCAGAUAUGGAGCACACUGAUGAAUUUGUGGACCAUCUUCUCGCACUUCAAGAAAAGCUACCGGAGAUUCCUGGUAUGAAGGAAGCAGAACUUGAGGUGUUGCAUGGUGCUAUACAUCAGUUGAAAUGGGUGUAUGUAUCAAGUUUCUUUGAAAUUCAUAAUGGAGCUCCUCGUCCUAGAAUGAUUACCACCUGGCCAAUUACGCUGGCAGUGGAAUAUACAGAUCUUCUCGAUCAAAGAAGGCCCGGGGCAUUGAUUGUACUAGCGCAUUUUAGUGUUCUGCUACACGCUUGUCAAGGAUACUGGGCAGUCGGCAAUGCUGGGAAAUUUCUGUUGGCGGUGGUCGAAACUUAUCUUGGUAGAGAUUGGGAAUCAUGGCUGGAAUGGCCUAGAUCCAGAGUCCCCGAAACUGUUUGA